AUGGCAAUUAAAAAGCAAAUAUCAAAAUUAUUAAAAAAAUGCGGUUUAAAAAAGUUUAAAGCCUUUUGUUCUUCAUGUAAACCUAACAAAAGUCAAAAUUGCGAAAAUCAACCUUGUAUAGAUCAAAUACUUGAAAUUAAUGCGCAAGAAAAUAAAGAAAAUAAUAGGAAUAUAUCUCUUGAAAAAUAUGUAGAAAAAUUAUCUCCUGAAAAAUAUGUAGAGAAAGAAACUUUAGAAGAAAAGGAUAUACAACAAACCCUCUGCGCAUAUCCUUCUUAUUUAUCUGAACUCUUUUUUAUCUUCCGAUCUCCAAAUACCCUUUCUAAUUCAAAUCCUCUACAUCCACAAUUACCUUGGCCUGAUAAUUUAUUCAUUGAUCGUGACGGUUCCUUAUUCGUUUACGUCCUAGAAUUCUUAAGAACUUCUACUUUACCAAAAUUACCUCUUUCUACCUUACAAAAAUUAGAACGUGAAGCAAAGUUUUAUGCACUUAAACCUUUACAAGCUUUAAUUUCUAAAAGAAUUGAUUUAUAUUUCUCUUUUCCGGAAUUUAAAGUUAUUCCUGUACAAAAUAUUUCUUCCCAUGAGUUUCCUCAAUUUCCUCGUUCUUCUUCCAACCUUUAUGAUUCCAUUUUCAAAAAUUAUGAUAAAUUUGAUAAAAUUUCUUUUAUUUAA